AUUAAGCAUAAGGUGCGCUACUAACCAAACACAAGGAAAAAUCGAGAGCGUUGCAGUGAGUAGGUGUGCGUGGCAUCGCGCUUUUGGCAGAGAACAUAAUCAAUUCAUCAUCCGAAACGCAAGGAGGGAAUAAAAAGUGUUAUAAACCCAAACAGUACCCAAACACAUGGCAGAGCGUGUGUUCCUCACUCAUCCUUCGCUCACUUUACCAUCCCAACCGUCUCCAACAACCAGAAUGGCCUCCACCGCCACAGCCGCCAUCGCUGCCUCACGCAUUAUUCCCUCCGCCACCGCACUCUCCUCUUCAUCUUACCGCUCCUUCUUCUCCUCCUCUUCAACUUCUCGUUCCUCGCUCAAAUGCCUCCACCUUCACUCCUCUUCUCGUUUCUCUCACCUCUUCGUCAAUCAGCGAAGAGCUGAGGUUCGUGUUUCGAGUGGAGGCUAUGCAACGGUUUCUUCUCCAAAGUCGUUGGCGUCUGAUCCUGACCAGCUGAAGAGUGCUCGAGAAGAUAUCAAGGAGCUUCUCAGGACAAAGUUCUGCCAUCCGAUUCUGAUUCGCUUGGGAUGGCAUGAUGCUGGUACCUACAAUAAGAAUAUUGAGGAAUGGCCACAGAGAGGUGGUGCUAAUGGUAGUUUAAAAUUUGAAGUUGAGCUGAAACAUGCAGCCAAUGCUGGACUUGUGAAUGCAUUGAAGCUUCUUCAGCCAAUCAAAGACAAAUACGCUCGUGUGACGUAUGCAGACUUAUUUCAGUUGGCUGGUGCUACUGCUGUUGAGGAAGCUGGAGGCCCAAAAAUCCCUAUGAAAUAUGGAAGAGUGGAUGUCUCAUCACCUGAACAAUGUCCUGAAGAAGGCAGACUUCCAGAUGCUGGUCCUCCCUCACCGGCUGAUCAUUUGCGUCAAGUUUUCUACAGAAUGGGUUUGAAUGACAAGGAAAUUGUUGCAUUAUCUGGUGCGCACACACUGGGAAGGUCCAGACCUGAACGAAGUGGCUGGGGCAAGCCUGAGACUAAAUAUACAAAAGAUGGACCAGGAGCACCUGGAGGACAAUCCUGGACAGUACAAUGGUUGAAGUUUGAUAACUCAUACUUCAAGGACAUCAAGGAAAAAAAGGAUGAAGAUUUAUUGGUAUUGCCAACAGAUGCUGUUCUUUUUGAGGAUCCAUCCUUCAAGGUUUAUGCUGAGAAGUACGCUGAGGAUCAGGUAGCAUUCUUCAACGAUUAUGCUGAAGCCCAUGCCAAGCUAAGCAACCUUGGUGCAAAAUUUGAUCCUCCAGAGGGCAUAGUAUUAGAUCCUUCUCCAAAGCCACAAGCAGAGAAGUUUGAAGCAGCAAAGUACUCAACUGGAAAGAGAGAGCUAUCUGAUGCUAUGAAGCAGAAGAUUCGAUCUGAGUAUGAGGCAAUUGGUGGAAGCCCA